CACAUGAUUAAGCACUGCUACCAACCACACCACACUACUCCUACAUUUCUCACGCGCAAAUCGUCUCCUGCUUCCUUUCUUUCUUCCCCUCCGUCCACUCAUAGCUUCUGCUCUUCGAAUCGACCCUCCAAAAUCCAUGGCGACGCUCGCCCUGCCGCCUACCGCCGCCGCCCUGCCCGCCCAGGAAGACCCACGCACCAGCGAGAAGCCAUCUGCCGGCGACUCUGCUGCGGAUCCGAGCGAUAUCGACUCCGGGUGGGUUUUCCUCGGGAAGUCUGAUGUGGUUCCGGCGGACCAGGCCGCGGCCGCCGUCGACGCCGCGGGCCGCCGACGCCUCGGCUUCUCGCCGCUGCCGAUGUUACCUAUCUGGGUGCAGAUGGUGCUCGGAGGCGUAGUCUACACGGCCGUGCCGUUCUACAAGAGGGCCAGGCAGAUGGAAGACAAGGCGAUCGAAAACGUGGAAACUGCUUUGGACGUUUUGGAGCGGGCCUCCGAGGUGACGGAGAAGUUCGCUGCUAAUGUGGCCAAUUCCCUACCGGAGGAUGGGUCCCUGCACAAGUUGGCCGAGGAGCUUGAGUACAUUGCGGAGGAAGUCGAUAAGGAUGCACACAAGGCUGAAGUCAUGAUUAAGAAGAUUGAAGCGCUCAGCGACAAGAUCGACGCCGCGGUGGAGCCUGUCAUCGAAAACCUCGAGGAGGAGUUCAAGCCAAACCCAGCAUCCCACGCUGGAUCAGACGCCGAGAAAUGACCGUUCACAUAAAUUGGAGGAAAACACGGCCCAAAGUGUCCCCUGUUGUACAUAUAUUGCUGUUUUUUCUUUCCUUCUUUCUAAGUGCCAACUUGUAAAUAUGUUCGUUGUGCCCUAUGAACUAGAAGGACCCCAUGGUUACAGUAAGAAAUGGUGGUGGUGUGCUUGGUGCCCGGAUCUGAAGCACCUUGUGAUCAUGAUAAUAUUAAGAACACUGCAUCUGAAGAAUGGAUGUGUAUGUGUGUUGCACUGUA